ACUUGUUUUCCAUUACAGGCAGAUCAGACUAUCGUCUGAAUCGAGAAGAUGACGGGGAUGGAAUCCCCAGAGUGAAAUGAGGAAGAAUGGAAUUCAGUUCAAAGAACCAAAAAAUGUCUGUGAUUGUGAAUGUUCUGGUGACAGUGUUGGUGGUGUUUGUGGUUACCCUUGUGAGUGGCAAAGACAGGUUAACGGUAGAAAGAGGCGGAUAUGAAGGAGUUUUCAUUGCACUUCAUCCCGAUCUGGAUCAGAGCUUGUGCGUGAAUCUCAAGGAAAAUAUCGAGAAGACCAUCACAGAGGCCAGCAACGUGUUGAAGCAUGCCACGGGAGACAUCCUGCAUUUCAAAACCGUCAAUGUCGUCGUACCUCGAAACUGGACCCAAUGCAGAAUCAUUACGCAAGGUAAACUGCCGGCGAGAUUCGAAUCGGCUGACGUGAGGAUCGUGAACGAGAGGCAUCCACUCUAUGGGGACGAUCCCUGGACCUUCCAGUAUGGACCCUGCGAAACGCCUGGCAAAUUCAUUCAGUUUACUGGUCGUUAUUUCCGUGACUCUUCAGUCGACUUGCAUGAAAUCAGAGGGAAAUUGUUUGCCCGAGAGUGGUUGAAAUAUCGGUACGGUGUGUUCGACGAACUGGGUUACCCCAACGAUCGUCUGUACCCUGCAUUCUACGGGGAACCCGUAGGGUCGCUAUAUCCACUGGGGAAACCCACCGGAUGCUCCGACGUCGACAUCCAUGGAGACUCAGUGACGAGUAAGGAUGGAUCUAGAAGCAUUUUCCUUCCGGACAUGGAUUCCAAUGCAUCGGAAUCCCUUCUAUACCUGGAUUUCCUACCGCAAGUGAAGAAGCUCUGCACUCACAACGACGGCAUUGCUCCCACAAAGCAGAAUGUUCUGUGUGAAUACAGAAACGCCUUCGACAUCAUCAUGGAUCAUGAAGACACAGCGAUGCCUGUUCAUCCAUGGCCUUCUCCAGCUGUUCCUAACAUCCGAUGGGUGGAAGAAGCGCCGAGGCAUUUGAUCUUCCUUCUCCAGAGCUCCAACAUACCCAAGGAGGUGCACACUGUGAUGAGAACCGCCCUGUACAACAUCCUGGACCUGUUGAAACGAUAUCGAGUAGAACUGACCACUUCGGUGAUCCUUCUAGUCCCAGAUGGGGUCUUGAACGAAUUUCCCCCUCCGCCACUGAUGGAAGUUGAUCAGAUCGUCUUGGACAAGAGUUACAUUUGGGACACAACCGCAGAGGUUGGCGGGGUUUGCUUUCAAUGCUCUGUGGAUAAAGCCAGAGAGCUUCUGGAUGACGACGAUUUGCUGAAGUUCAGCGAACUGUUGAUCCUAACUGACAAGAGUGAGUCCGAUUCAGGUGGAAAGCGCAUCAGGAAUGAUCUGGGUCUCAAGUAUCACUUCAUCCACAUUGGGGACCCGGACCCGGGUAAAGAAUUUGAAAACCUUACUCACGAAACUGAAGGAACAUAUCAGAAUGUAUUAUUCAGCGGAGUUCCAGCCGAGGACAUCGUCCAACUCGUCCAUGCCCUCGAAAACGUCUUUCCCUCCCUUCUCCCCUGGAAGGUAAGCGAACGGACGUUCCAGUUGAACAAAACCGGAUGGGGUUCGCAAGAUGUUAUCUUCACGGUCCCGAAAGACCUGAAUGCGUCGAAUGUCUUGGUACGAACCUACUUGGGAGUACACCAUGGUCUCAAUCUCUAUUUCAAAAGUCCAGAGAGCACAGGCAGCUUCAAAGAAUACCACGAGGAUGACUGGGAACUAGGACAUGUCAUCACUACCACUCUCACCGAGAAAUGGGAAGGGGAUUGGACGAUGCGGAUCCGAGGCUACAACGAAGAUGAACAAGCGGCUGUUUUGGAAAUCCUACUUCCUUUGGAAGAAAUGAUGCAACCUCAAAGAUUGGCGAAAGACAAGCUGGAGUUCCAUGUUUGGACUUCUUGGGAUCAUUUAUCAGCUUCCAUUCUAAAUAAUGCAGAAAAGCUAUAUCCGGACAAUCCGUUGAUCAUUUACGCGUCCCUGAAAUACGGCAAGAGCCCUGUUGUCGCAUCUUGUGGCGACCCAGAGAGGAAAAUGAUUGAGCUCAUUGUGGAAUAUCAAGACCCGUCUCGAAGCGAAAUGUUCUACCCACUGAAAUCUCUCAUGAUGAGCGACGAUGGCAGAGGAGGUGAUGAAAUCGUCAUCCAGCAUCUCACUAAUUCGGACAUCCAACACGGAGACGGGAUCUUCACGGCAUAUUUCGUGGAUUUUGUCCGCGAGCAGCGAAGGAUCGCCUACAGAUUCAAAGUCAGGAUUAAUGCAUCGCAGGAAUCCAUAUACGUGAUUGAAGAUAACAGGACGAGCUCUCUACGUGGACUCAUGCAUCCUGACCCCAAUUCUCCGGUCCCUUACUGCUGCGGGAGCACGAUAGGGGAUGCAGUAUGCAAGGAGGUGAAAGGAUUCACCUCAGAGAUCACCGGAAAGGUCCUUUCCGUCCAUUUCCUUACUGGGCUCCGAUGGGACUUGUUCCCACCCGGGAGGGUGACCGACUUCCAAGUCUCCCUUGAUCUCAGCAGAGAUGCCCUGGUGUUCACUUGGUCUGCUUCGGGCGACAACUACACGUAUGGCACUGUGGAGACCUACAACCUGUACAUGAGUGCGGGGAAUAGGACCACGGAAUUGAUGGUGGAGCCAGCGGGAUUGCCGGCGUUCAAGGCUUAUGGGGAUCUACAGACACACGCCUUCACCUUUUCUGAACUCAACAUCACGGAAUCCGGCAGUUAUACCUUCCAAAUUAGGGCCUGGGAUGGGACUCAAUUUUCCAAAUUUUCCAAUCGGGCAAAUAUCAAAAUCUAUCGGGAGAAGGGGCGAAGCGGAGAGAUAAAAUUUGGCUCUCAGGAUAAAUUGGCGAUUAUUCUCUUCGCCGUUCUGAUCCCCCUGGCCCUUCUUGCCCUUGGCGUGUUUUUGUACUUUUUCUGCCGGAAAAGACGAGCUGGUGACAAGGCAGCGAAACGGGAUUUCUCGUCGUAUCAAGCCGGGACGAAACAACGGCCCGAAAUCGGAGACCCGAAGCCGACGGACAAUCGGAAUUUCAUCAGUGCCUCGGAAUUCCUACAGAAAAGCGGAACGGAGCCAGACGAGAAAUCAUGGAAAGGGGCGUCCCCGUACUCCUAUCCGGAGAAGGAGUACACGGAGACGUACGAAGCGAACCCGUCCGUGUACGCCUACGAAAACCGUGGUUACAAAAGCGGUGGCGGCGUCGGAAGCGGCCUCAGCGAUUCGGAGACUGCGAGCGUUUCCGACGGUGGUUUUAAUCCUCGAUCACCGUCGAAAUACCCGGCGGGGCCGUCCGGAGACGUGUAUAGCAUCCCAGUUCCCUUUCGGCAUGCCCCUGCCCCACCGACCGCGGCACCGGCUCCACGCCCAAGGACCAUUCAAAUGAAUGGUAACCCUGGCCCUAAUCCUGGUCCUAGUCACUUCAGCCCGGAAAGUACUUCCAGUCUCGCCCGUAAGAAACGCAAUGCCACCUUAGUUUGACCUCAAAACCACACUCCAGUUUGAUCUCCUGAUUUCGAGACACAAUCAUGAAAAAUCUCUCUCUGAAGCAGUGCAUUUCCUGUGUUAUGUCCGCGUGGACAGGGAGCUGAAAUUGAUAUCGAUGGAUGUGUUGAUUCUCUGUGAUCGCAUUCCCCAACCAAAGCUAUAGUUGUAGUUCAGGGUUGUGAGCCCUAACACCCUGAUUUGUAGCAUCUCGAAUCAAAAAUGGAGGAAUGUCAUUGUAGGAAUAAAUGGAUGACUGCUUCUUUUCGAUCCUCAGAUUUUUUCCUUGGU